AUGGCGGCUGUCUCAUCCUGCUCAAAUCGGCACUACCUGGAGGCGGACUGCAUUGACGAGCAAUAUAAAGUCCUCCAGCUUCUUUCCAGCGAUCUCCACCAUGCGGCGACCAUACUCAAGUACAAGGUCUACGAUGUUGAGAGCCGAUCUUUCGCUGUGAGAAAGGCAGCUAGGGAGGCAAAUGCGACCAAUCUGUGCCGUGGCAGAGGCCUGGGAGACUUGCAGAAUGAAGUAGAAUGGCGCGCGAAACAGAUGUUGAAGAACAAUGCCAUGAUGCUCGACCUCGCUCAGCAGGUGAAGAUCGGUCUGAAGACUCUGAUCAAGAUCGCCUGCGCCACCCCAGAUGCCGUUCAGGCGGGCUUGAAGGCAAAUGCAAACGACGACCUGUUGGGAACUGACAUUGAGAUCGACUCGGAAGCAAUCUCAACCAAGAAGGCGAGCUUGGGUCCGCCGCUCGAAGACCAACUAGCCAAGGAAUUGACUCAAGCUCGACACGUCUUUGUUGACUCCAGCAGAUUUGUCCCGGUCAACUUCCGGGAGGCGUCAACUCCAGUUCGGCGGGAAGUUGAUUCUGAAAAGCGCAAGAGUGACAAGCCGCGACAAGUCAAGAAAGUCCGCUUCGUCGACGAUGCCGCAAUGUCGAAGUGCCAGGCAGCUACGAAGGCUCUGUACAGCAUCGUGGAGCCUUCGCCUGAUCGAGGCGGGGCGAAAUGCAGCACGAAGAAGGUAUUCUCCCACGUCGAGAUCCCAGCGAGGUCGAUUGCAAAGAAGCGGAAGGGGAAGGAGAACGUUGAACGCGCCCAAUCACCACCAGGCCCACAGUCCUGCAGCAUGGAGGAGAUGGAGAAACAAUUGCACGUCUGGAUCCCAAACAAGAUCAGCAUGCCAUGUCUGCCCGUUGAUAGGAACCUGCAAGGGCUGAUGACGCCGAAGGCAAAAAGAGUUCAACGAGACUGA